AUGGCCUCCAGGUUAGCUGCAGCUCGCUAUGGCAAGGAGAACGUUCGUGUGUACAAAGUACAUCGAGACGAGGCUGCAGGAACCCAGACGGUGGUCGAGAUGACCGUCUGCACGAUGCUCGAGGGUGAUAUCGAUGUCUCGUAUACCAAGGCAGACAACAGUGUCGUGGUAGCGACUGAUUCGAUAAAGAAUACCAUUUAUAUCUUAGCAAAGCAGAAUCCCGUCACACCUCCAGAGCUCUUUGCCUCGAUUGUUGGAGACCACUUCGUACAAAAGUACAAGCAUAUCCAUGUAGCCCAUGUUCAUGUAGUGGCACAGCGGUGGUCCCGGAUGAAUAUCAACGGCAAACCACAUCCCCAUUCGUUCCUAAAGGAUGCCUCUGAAGUCAGGUCUGCAGAUGUUACUGUCACGGAGGGCAAAGGAAUCGAUAUCAAGACCUCCCUCUCCGGCCUCUCCGUCUUGAAGAGCACCAACUCGCAGUUCCAUGGUUUCGUGAGAGAUGAGUAUACCACUCUUCCUGAGACCUGGGAUCGGAUUCUAAGCACAGAUGUCGAUUCUGCCUGGACAUGGUCGACAUUCGUUGACCUGGAGCAAGUACGGCGUUCAGCUACCAAGUUUGACGAUACUUGGGAAGCCUCUCGUGGCAUCAUCUUGGACAUCUUCAGCAGUGACAACAGCGCAAGUGUUCAGAAUACCAUGUAUAAAAUGGGAGAACGGAUGCUUGCCGCUCAGCCACUGCUGGAGACGGCUGAGCUCAGCCUUCCCAACAAGCACUAUUUCCAGCUUGAUCUGAGCUGGCACAAGGGUUUGAAGAAUACUGGUAAAGAUGCGGAGGUCUAUCUGCCAGGAUCAGGCGCCAGCGGUCUCAUCAAAUGCACCGUUGGACGUGAUGGCAUCGGAGGGAAGAAGUCAAAGCUAUAG